AUGUGCUUGGACAACUUCUUCACCUCCACGCGUUCCGGCAUUGCGGAUUUGAUGGGCCAUCCUCGCUUCGAGUUCAUCCGCCACGAUGUCACGGAGCCCUUCUAUUGCGAAUGCGAUAUGGUCUACAACAUGGCCUGUCCAGCCUCACCGGUCCACUAUCAAUGGAAUCCCAUUAAGACCACGAAGGUCUCCGUGUUGGGCACGAUCAACAUGAUGGGCUUGGCCAAGAGAGUGAAAGCACGGAUAUUGCAAGCCUCGACGAGCGAAAUCUAUGGAGAUCCCGAGGUGACUCCACAAAGUGAAGAGUACUGGGGUCACGUGAACACCAUCGGUGUGAGGUCUUGCUAUGAUGAGGGUAAACGUGUCGCGGAGACGUUGGCGUUCGACUACCUCCGCAGCAACAACGUAGACAUCCGCGUCGCACGGAUCUUCAACACCUAUGGGCCAGGUAUGCAUCCCUAUGAUGGCCGUGUGGUGAGCAACUUCAUCCUGCAAGCCCUCCAUGGGGAGGACAUCACCAUCUAUGGCGAUGGUUCGCAGACGAGAUCCUUUGGCUACGUGGACGACACCGUGGAUGGGCUCAUUCGACUGAUGAACCAAGAAGCCACCAUUGGGCCGGUGAACAUUGGCAAUCCCAACGAGUUCACCGUGAAGGAGUUGGCGGAGAUGAUCAUCGAGCUGACGGGAUCCAAAAGUAAGAUCGUGUUCUUGCCUUUGCCCGGCGACGACCCAAAGCAGCGUCGGCCCAACAUCACCCGGGCGAAAGCCUUGCUGGAAUGGGAGCCCAAGGUGCAGCUCAGAGAAGGCUUGACGAAGACCAUCCACUACUUCAAGGUGCCCUUCUCAGAGACGGUCUUGAACCGUCAGCGGGCGGACGGAAAACACCACACCAUCGAUCGUUCAUGCAUGUUCAUCAUGCGGGCGUUGGCGUCAUGA